AUGGCGCUGAGUGGUUGGUGCAUAGCGCUUGUGGCGUUGUGCCUCCUGGAAACGGGAAAGGGCCAGACAGAAACAGGCGGGCCACCUCCUAAUCUGGGAUUUCUAUUUGAAAGGGAAACUUUGUUGUCACAUGACUAUACGGGAUUCAAUGUUCUAAUAGAUUUGGCCAUGGGGAAUGGUGCGGGCGAGUUUUUUACUCGCCAGGUCGUUGCAGAGACAAAAACGCAUACGCGCUAUGUUUAUAAAACAAAGCCGAGCUUCUCGGCAACGCGGGUAAUUGAUGGGGAGCAAACGAUAUGGGAGUGCGCAUAUAAGCAUGCAGAACAAGUUACUAUUGAUGAAUUCGGUGAUUGCCGUCUUAUGCAGCUGCAAGUAGACCUGGGUGAAACUCCAUUGGAAUUAGUCUACUACGAGAAAACAGGCGCAUCCUGGACGCAAAUCGACAGGGGGAAGUACGUCGCGGAAAUGUUUAGCCGCCAAGUACAGGACGAAAUAGACAUGCUCCCCUCAGCAAUCAAGCUCCUCGGAAGCUUUAAAGUCACAAGCAUCGGAAACCCCAUUAAACCUAUCGGGGCUCAAGUUGUGCCGCUGGUAGGGCAUGUGAUCAAGGCUGUCAAGUGUGGAAGGAGGACAUUGUGGGAGUACAGUCCGGAGGCUCGAACAUUGUGUAUCAGGGUCGAUAAGAUUACCGCCAGCGGCGUCACGCUCGUCAUACUGCACUUCAUAGAAACCAACGAAAGGUAUAGGGUGGCUUACAUGUACGGACAAGGAAACCGAACCAUGAAGAUGCAAAAAUACCGCGAACUGUACAAAGUAUUGUCUACCGUUAAGCCGAUACGUGUGCCGAACGUAAGGCUGCAGUUCGACGUCACUGUAACAGCCGAUGAAGCUGCAAAAAAAGUGAAGUUGGACGACGACGGCUCAGAAGUUGAUGACGAUGAAGAUUCAGACGCAUCGCGAAUGGGGACGCCGCUCAUUAAGAUUAUUGAAGAUGGCGACGUGGAGAACGCGCUCAGUCACGAGCAAGCCACGUUGAAGACAUGGACGUGUGAGCAACUGCAAGCUGACAACAGCUUAGUAUUGCAACGUGCAGGCGGUGCGGUUUCGUGGGAUAUGGGAAGUCCACAGGAUCAACCUGGUAUCUCUAUCUCAACAAUUCAGCAAGACCUUGGCGAUGCCAAGCGGAACGUUGUCACGCCGAGGAGAGGCACCUUUAUGACAUAUCUCGUCGACGGCGAACGGAAGGUGUACAUCGCCAAGGAUGAAUACCCGCAUAAAGUUGUCAAAGAGUUCGUCGCCAACGUGGGCGUGCUUACCGUCUUUGCAACACGACUCAACGGGCUGGUUCACCGCAGGUACUUCUUAAGGCGGAAGGGAGUGUGGAGUGAGACUAGCAAAGUAGGGCAUUAUAACAGCAGAAAGGCCAUAGUUCUGAGUAGGGAUAUAGACAUCGAAGAAUUGGACACGUCAAACAAAAUAUUCUACAACAACAAAUUCGAAGGGAAGUGGUUGGCGCCAUACAUCAACAUCGGACCGCACGACUCGACCGUAGAUAUAUCGCCAAAAUACACAUACUCAUUCUCACGGGUUAUAUACAAAAAGCAGGAUCUCUGGGUCUUCAACAAGGCUGCCUUCGAAAUGGUGACGGACAUCAAAAUAUGGCAACACGGAGAUGAAAGAGUGCUCACAAUCAUCACAGUAAGUGGUCACGACAAACGUCAUGAGCGGACGUUUAUUAUGACAAAUGACAAGUGGGAUCUUGUGGAGGAAGGGGCAUUCGUCACCGCCUACAAAACGCCACUGGUUAUAGACGCGGCCAAAUCACGACAGAGUGGAAUCAACAAAAUCACUGCGUGGCCGCUGUUACCCAACCAGGACAACACCAUGAGGCCGCUCCUAGGCAACUAUAUACACACCGUGAAGUACGGGGAUCAGGUGUUGUGGAAGCACGAAGGGAAGGAUUACAUGUGCGACAGCGUGUAUAAUAUCAAGAUCAGAGACGUCGUGAUUGUCACACUUAAAGUCUUCGACCGAUAUGGGGACACGUAUUACGUCUACUACCUAAAUGACGGAACAAACAGCAGAUGGGUAGAAAUCGACGUGGUACUGCUCGCAUUCCUAGUAAGAAACCUGCAAGCAAGUCGCGAUUUCGCCGAUAUACUGAAGAAGUAUGAGUUCACUGCAGGCAAGUUUAAAGACUUGAUAGUGAAAGGUGCCACCUCACAAAUAGUGGAACCAGAGUUGUGA